AUGCAAAUCUGCGAGGGAGAAACAAAGAACGCUGGGAUAUGCGCUAGACGCAGCAUGGUAGAUUGCUGCUUGGAUUUGCAAAUCACUUUGAUUAGUGCUCCAGAUUUCAGUAUCCAUUUUACCUGCUGGGUAUGUACAACUCUUUUUAGAAGACGACGUGUUAUCAGACAACUCGUACAGCUGCCCUACCGUUCUAUUACAUCUUCUACGCCGAUUGGUCGAUUGGGACUCACUGUCCAGCUGCAUACAUCCAUGGAUGGCUUCAACACAUGUCCCAUGUAA